AGAAGGUGAAAAAUGCACAAUUAUUCAUACCCAGAACAAGAAAUAACAGCUUUUCUUUUCGCUGAUAUUCUGUAUUAUGCUAUUGUUAUACCUUCGGUGUAUAUAGGAAAUCUGGCCACGAUAAUACUUCUAUCGAUCGUCUUCCGUACACGCCGAAAACCUGCCGAUCUUCUCGUCGCGUUCAUGGCGACAAAUGAUUUCUUUCUCGCGAUUUGUUUGUGUACACCAACACUGAUAGCUACGGGGAGGGGGGAGUGGUUUGGAAAGACAUACUGUUACGUGUAUUCCCAUUUCUAUUGCUGGUACCUCCACAUCAAGUUUUUCAUUGUGAUUUUGAUAUCAGUGGAUCGGUACAUUGCCGUCACGAAACCUUUUCAGUACAAAGUGAUCGUCACGGAAAGGAAUAUUUCAAUUAUGGUGGUCACUUACGCAUUGGUCACUUGUUUAGUUGAUGGUUUGGCUUUCUUUUUCACCGAACCCAUUCUGAUGUCCGGUUGGUUCUGCUCACUUCGACUCUGGAAGGAAUCUGAGGAUGGAGAGAACUCAAAUGUUGGACUGGCUGUGUUUUUCAAUGUACUUGUGGUAAUGGGUUUUGUUGGGAUCUGCCUUAUGGUGUUUUGUAACUUGUCCCUAAUUCAUGUUUAUAGGAAGAAAACUAAUCUAGCGAAGUCUGAAAAGAGGUUUAUGUUUAUGAUGAUUGUAAUAGUGGUUGCAUUUCUAGCAGUAUGGUUGCCACAUGGUGUAUUGGUAAUGAAACCAUCUCCCAGCUCAUACGUGAAAACAUGGCCCCGCACAUGCUUAGACACCCGAGUGGAAUCAUGCCAAAGAAAGAUUAUCGACCGAAAUGCUCUCAAGAAAAGCAAAAAUCAGUGCGUAUAAAAGUUGGCAAUCUAGUGUUGUCCCCUACUUCUUCGACAUCGGACAUAAACAGGUCUGAAAAUCCUAAAGAUAGGCCUAUAUCUACUACAUCAGUAACACGCACAACUGAAUUGAACGACGAAAACACAUAUAUGGCUAAUAAAGAUAGGCCAAUAUCUAAUACAUCAGAAACACGAACAACUGAACUAAACGACGAAAACCCAUAUAUGGCUGAUACUGAAGAGAAACGAACAGAUCAUAAUGAAAUAUCUGAAAGCAUGCAAGAUAGUCCUAGUACAUCUGGAUUUUCAAAAUAUUUUAGUAGGCCUAUAUUCAAGAAUAAUAACAACCCUACUAUUCGAACUAUAUUUGUGAAGACUGCAGAUAAUAAAGAUUGUGUAGGCCUAGUACCCAGAUGAGUUCAGGAUUAUCGUCGGACAAAAAACACUAACCAACCGAACUGAUCAUUUCUUCGUUUUAUCUCUGUUUUGUAGGCACAAAAUGAUGGCAUACAUA